AGCUGCAAUGGCGCCCCGGCGGCCGAGCAUGGGGCGCCAGAAGAUCGAGAUCCGACGCAUCGAGAGCGAGGAGGCGCGGCAGGUGUGCUUCUCCAAGCGCCGCGCCGGUCUCUUCAAGAAGGCCAGCGAGCUUUCCAUCCUCUGCGGCGCCCAAGUCGCCGCCGUCGUCUUCUCCCCGGCAGGCAAGGCCUUCUCCUUCGGCCACCCCUCCGUCGAGUCCCUCCUUGACCGUUUCCUCGCCUCGUCGUCCUCACCCGGAGCUGCUGGCGCCGGCGUAGCGUCCAGCGACGACAGGGCGGUCUCCGAGCUGAACCGGCAGUACGGCGAGCUGCGCGCACUGCUGGACUAUGAGAAGACGCGGCGGGAGCGCGUGGACGGGGCGAUGGAGAAGGAGCGCGCGGCGAGGAGCCCCGCUGCAGCGUGGAUCGACGCGGAGGUGGGCAGCAUGGGGCAGGACGACCUGGUGGCGUUCGGGGCCGCGCUCGCGGACGUGCAGGUCGCCGUGGCGGCGCGUGCGGACCAAUUGCUGCGCGACGCGCUGCUCGCCGGGCCGCGCAGGAGCCGGCAGCCGGCCCUGCGGAUCUCCAGCACUGGCGGUGGUGGUGGCUUCGACCUCGGCGCGUUCAAUGCAUGGCGGAGUGGAGGUGCAGGUGUUGGGCAAUGGCACCCGGCCCCCUUGUAA